AUGAGAAUGGGAAAAACUAUAUGUUUAAUUGGUAAUGGGAUAGAUUCAUUAUGUUUAGCCUAUUUUAUGCAAAGAAUUAAAUUAAGAACGCAUAUACUACUAAUAAAAAAAAAGUGUAAUUAUAUUAAUACCUAUUUUCAUGAUUCUAAUAUUAUUGAAAAUGGUUGUUACUCUUUUAUUUUAAGUGAAAAUUCUAAAUUAUUUCCAUCACUUUUGAUGAAUUUAAAUAUUGAAACAAAAAUCUUAGAGAGAAAUAAAUAUUCAAAUAAUAUUUCUUAUUUAGAUGAAAAUGGAAAUAUUUACAAAAUUAAUAAAUUUUUAUUUAGAAUUUUUUAUUAUUUUUUCAAAGAUUAUUUUUUUAAUAAAACCAUAAAUAUUGAAAAAAGUGAAAACUUACACAGUUUUUCAUUAAAAUAUUUUGAUAAAGAGAUAUGUGAAAAUUUAAUUUUUCCUUAUUGUUACCAUUAUUUUAAUUAUUCUCCUCAAUAUGUAUUAAUGAACUCGUAUUUUCCUAAUUUAAUGAAAGAAAUAAAAGAUAAAAAAUCUUUAAUAAAAUCACUUUUAUCUUGUAAUAAAAAUAAUUCUAUUAUUUUUUCUAAAAAUAAAAAAAUAUUUACAUUUAAAGAUGGAAAUGAAAUAUUAACAAAAAAACUAAUAGAAAAUUUAGAAUUAAGUGAUGAUAUAAAGUUGACAAAUAAUAUAAAUAAUUUACAAAUAAAAUCAAAAAAAAAUAAAGUAAAGAUAUUUUUAGGUAGAAAAGUUUUAAAAUGUAAGAAAGUAGUAUUUUGCUUAAAUCCAUUAGAAUUAAAAAAUUUUUUAAAAAAAUCAAAAUUAGAAAAUAAAAAGAAAAACAUUAUAAUAAAAUAUUUAUCUAACUUCCGUACAACAAAAAUUAAAAUAACAAAUGUUUGUUUUAAAAAAAAUGUAUUACCCUUCUCAUAUUCUCUAGAAUCCUUAUUAUUAAUAAAAAAAAACGAAAAAAACAAAUUAAUUUCUUUAUUAUAUGAUAAUAACAUAUUCCCACAAUUUAAUAAAAACAUUUCAGAAAAAAAAAAUUCGGAAGAAGAUAUUUUUGAAACAAGUUUAAGAUUUUUAAGCAAAGAACAGAAUGACAAUAAAUCAAUAAAUGAAAUAAAUGAUUUUCUACAAAAUAUUUUAAAAGUGAAAGAAAAGCCAGAUUUAGUUAUAAGUAAUAAUUAUGAUGUCUUUUCUUAUAAUGAAAAAUUUGAUAAAAUUUUCAAAAAAUUAAUUAACAAACAUUUCAGAAAUGUAAAAAUUUUUUGGGCAUUUUCAUUCUUUAAAAACUUUGAAUUUUGCUUAAGUGAAGCUAAAAGUUUUUUUGAAACUAAUAUAUAA